AUGGAAGAAUUACAUAGAUUAGAAAAAUUGAUAAGAAAAUUGAGGAGAGAAAACCUGCAAGGAUUGAACAUGGAAGAACUACAUAGAUUAGAAAAAUUGAUUGAAGGAAGCUUUUGUCGCGUCAAGACCAAGGGGGAAGAAUUAAUAGAAGAGAACCAGCUAUCGAAGCAGCAA